UGCUAAUAAUAUAAAUAUUAGACUUUCUGCUUUAAUAGCAAAUUAAAAAUAACUUCGUUAAAAACAAAUGGAGGAAGAAAGUUAUGAGCAGAAAACUGAAGAAAAACUUGCCGAAAGAGUGAUUUUUGAUGAAGAGGAUCAAUUCAAAUAUGAAUCAACGAUUUCGUUGGACGAGACCGAGCAGAAUAAAUUACGUGUGUUAACACACAACGAGGCCGGCGAGUGUCUUCACACUUUGGGAAAAUGCAUCGCGUUGCAUGAGUAUGCUUAUCUCAGCCUGGACGCCUCGGACAGAGAUCUUACGGAUAUCAAUGUGAUAUUAUCCUUCAGACACGUUCGUCAUGUGAACGUGUCGGGAAACAGAUUGACGUCAGAAGCACUGCGUGUACUCGAAGCGAUGCCGUAUUUGCAGACACUGCGAGCGGAUCGAAAUUGUCUGAUCAGCGCGGAAUUGAAUUCGAUGCCCUAUCUGCAGGUAAUUCCUGUUUGUAAGAUGAGUUCAAAAAUGCAGGAGCUCUCCCUGAAUCAAAACAAGUUGAGGGAUGCAGCUGGCAUUCAUCACAGGUUGCUCGAACGUCUGGAAUUGAAUCACAAUGAUAUUUGCACUGUGGCUAUUGAUCCGCAGAAUCUUCCGAACUUGAAGACUUUAGAGUUACGCGGUAAUGCGCUAGUCAGUACAACAGAAAUUUGUUGUCCCACUUUGACGCAGCUCUUUUUAGCUGAGAAUCAGAUCGAGAAAAUCGAAGGACUUGAUGCUCUCGUGAAUUUGAGAACACUACACUUGCGAAAUAAUAAACUUGCGAAUUUGGACGGCUUCACAGAACGAUGUCACAGUUUGAAAUACUUAAAUCUGCGCAAUAAUGAGAUCUCGAGAAUAUCAGAGCUGGAAAAAUUAAGCUGUCUAUCAAAUCUGGAAACGCUUAUCAUUUUGGGAAAUCCUUUUCUGAAGAAAGAGGCAAAAGAGGAAGAAGAGAAAGAAGCGAGACAAGAAUACAGAUACAUCAUUCUGACAAUUCUACCGAAACUAAAGAGGAUCGAUAAAGAUCCUGUACUGGAUUUUGAGAGGAACGAGGUAAAACUCAGA